GAAAAGAAUCGUAGCGAUGAUAAUGUGUUUUUGUGCUUCUCUAUUGUCAACGAAUGGCAAACUCAAUGUCGUACUUCAUUUUUCUGCAUCAUGCUUACAAACUUUACCACAAAUAAACCACCUCCUCUGAAAACAUAUUUUCGGAAGGUGAAAUCCUUUCACGGUUUUUAUGUUGGCUGCAUUGAUCUGUCGGCUUUUCUGAUCAUAGAACAGUGACUUGUGCCGAGGACAGUGAGUUGCUAGUUUGGUACUAAUAAUUUUGGUCAGCGUUUCUUCGCUACUUUGAGUGAAAAUGGCUCGUAGAUAUGACACGAGGACGACGAUAUUUUCUCCAGAAGGACGCCUAUAUCAAGUGGAAUAUGCAAUGGAAGCAAUAAGUCAUGCAGGAACUUGUUUGGGGAUCCUUGCUAAUGAUGGAAUCUUAUUGGCUGCAGAAAGACGAAAUACUAACAAACUUCUUGAUGAAGUUUUUUUUUCAGAGAAAAUUUACAAGUUAAAUGAUGAUAUGGUGUGCAGUGUAGCAGGAAUUACAUCAGAUGCAAAUGUACUUACUAAUGAACUCAGGAUGAUCGCUCAGAGAUAUUUAUUGCAGUAUAAUGAAUCUAUUCCUUGUGAGCAACUUGUUUCAUGGUUAUGUGAUGUUAAACAAGCAUAUACUCAAUAUGGAGGCAAACGUCCUUUCGGUGUCUCCAUUUUAUAUAUGGGAUGGGACAAACAUUACGGUUAUCAGUUGUACCAGUCUGAUCCUAGUGGGAAUUAUGGUGGAUGGAAAGCUACGUGCAUUGGAAACAAUAGUGCAGCUGCAGUAUCCAGUCUCAAACAAGAAUACAAAGAAGGUGAAACUACAUUAGCAGAAGCAAAGUCCCUUGCCAUCAAAGUAUUAGCUAAAACAUUGGACAUGACAAAAUUGACGGCAGAGAAAGUGGAGAUGGCAACUCUAACCCGAGAAAACAACAAAACAAAAAUAAGAAUAUUAACAGCAAAGGAAGUUGAACAACUCAUUGCUGAUUAUGAAAAGAAGGAAGCUGAAGCGGAAGCCAGCAAGAAAGAGAAGCAGAAGAGCUAACAUGGUUGUAAAUUAAGCAUUUUGUACUGUUACUUGUCCUUUUAUUUUUCUUUAUUUUUUGGCUGUUUCUUAUUUAAUUGCUUACUGCAAUUGUAAUUGGAUAAUGACAAAAUACAAAUGAAGCAUUACAUACAUUUAUUCCUUAAACAUAAUACAAAGAAGUUAUUUAAUUGUAGAAUGGAUUGUAUGUAACCCAAUGGGCCUUCGUUUGUUGGCUUGCUCUAGAAUGGGAAGUGAACAGAGACUUAUAAACUUUAGAAGCAUUUGGAUCCUUUGCAAUGCUGUAGGAGCCUUUUGUCUUCUUAAAUUCAGGGUCUACCAAAUCUGCUUCUGAACCCAAUCUCUUAGGACCUGGAAAACAAGAAAAAAAAAUAGAAAAAGAAUUUACAUAAGCACUUUAGAAAGUAGUUGGCUAGUUGUAACUAAUACCUUUCACACUGAUUUUGCUUGUGUCUGACUUUUUAUCAGCCUUUUGCAUAUCAAUUUUCUGGACACCAUUAUUCUUCAAUUCUACUGGCUUUUUGUCUAUUUCAACAGUACUACCACUUGUGCUAGGAGUUGGAUCAGGACCAGUUGUAGUUAAUGUGCUGGCUUUAGCCUUUGCUUUUGCUUCACUUUUUGCUUUCUUCUCUGCCUUUAAACGAGCCUGUCUACUAUCCAGUCUGGUCACCAUGAGAUCCUGAUCAUCAUCUGUGGCAUUCAGUAUCACAAUGUCUUCUUCCAAAAAUGGUUGUUGACACUGAAAAAAAGAUUUGAUAAAUGAAUACACUGAAUCUAUUUGUACACUCAUAGGGAGCCAUUCAUUUCCGAAACUCCCUUUUCUGUC